GUUCUGUGGUAGAGGGGUAGGGGAUAAAAGCAAAAAGCAAACAAAAAAAAAAUACUCAUAAAGAUAAAGGUAGCACAUGUUAAUUUACAGGUGAAAAAAGGGGCUAAAAGUAAAAAAACAAUAUUCACAAUGAAUAAUCAAGAUGAAUUACAUGAAAUACUUUUGGAGGCAAAUGUAAACAUUUGGUCUGAAGAUCAAUCAGUUUUAGAGGAGCAAGCUUUAAACGAAUUAAAAGUUUUUGCUAAUCAACAGAAUGAAGCGCCAACUGGAAGUACUGUUUUAGAAGAUGGGGAAAUAGAAGAUGAAGUUGAAAAAAUAACUCCUAGUCUUGAUCUUGCAGCUUACAUAAAAAGACAAGAGGAUUUAAAGAAAAGACAAGAUUUUAAAAAAUCAUUAAAUAGGGAAAAUAAGAUUAUAAAGAAACGUAGCAUUGUUAAAAAGGAAAUAAUAGAUAAACUUAGUAGAUCCUGUAAUGAUGAUGAAAUUAGUAAUGUACCAUUAAGUGAGAAUGGUACAGAAAUUCUUAAAAAUGAUGUAGAGGUUUAUAAGGAAGAUAAUUCUGGUAGUGAAUACAUUCCAUCUGAUGGAGAAUAUGAUAGUGAUUAUGAAGAGGGCCAUAAUUCUCAAACAGAUCCUACAAAUGACUUAGUAAUUCAUAAUAAACCUAAAAGCAAAAGAAAAAGAACUCAGAAUCAUUUACAAAAAGUUAUAGAUGAUGCAGUUUGGGAGAAUUAUAGGUCAAGGCUUGAUAAGUAUUACAAAGGCCUACAAGAUGAAAUGUCAGAGAGAAUAGAGAUAGAAGAUGAAGAUGAGAAUGAGGAUGAGGACUAUUGUUUUAAGGGUGGUUUAAAGGUACCAAUGAAGGUUUGGAAUAAACUAUACAAAUAUCAGCAAGAUUCUAUAAAAUGGUUGUGGAAAAUACAUCAAAAGGCUACAGGAGGUUUAUUAGGAGAUGAAAUGGGUUUGGGAAAAACUGUACAAAUCAUUGCUUUUCUAUUGUCUUUAGAGCACAGCAGAAUCAGUUCUUGUCAUGGCAGGUUUAAUGGAUUGGGGCCAUCUAUAAUAGUGUGUCCAGCAACAGUUAUACACCAGUGGGUAAAACAUUUUCAUGAUUGGGCACCAGAGUUCAGAGUAGGUGUGCUGCAUCAAUCUGGCAGUUACCAAGGAAACAAAACAGUGUUUAUCAAAGACAUGCAUAAAACAAAAGGAGUUAUUAUAACCACGUAUCUAGCGAUUAUCAAAUACCAAACACAACUUUUGGACUAUAACUGGCAUUAUGUAAUUCUUGAUGAAGGACAUAAAAUCCGAAACCCAAAUGCUAAAGCCACUGUAGCAAUUAAAUUGUUUAGAACACCUCACCGGAUUAUGUUGACUGGAAGUCCAAUGCAGAACGAUCUGACAGAACUAUGGAGUCUGUUUGAUUACACAAAUCCAGGAAUGUUAGGGAAUAUGAAGACAUUCCAAGAGCAUUUUUCAGGGCCCAUUCUACAAGGAGGUUUUACAAAUUCCACGCCUAUGCAGGAAGCCACAGCGUUGUCAGUAGCUAGCACCUUAAAAGAUCUUAUAACUCCCUAUUUGCUGAGAAGAACAAAAAACGAGGUGCAACAUCACAUUUCGCUACCAAAUAAAACCGAACAAGUGUUGUUCUGUUCACUUUCUGAUGAACAAAAACGGUUGUAUAUGGAUUAUCUACUGGGCGAUGAUAUCAGUCAUAUACUGGGGAAAGGAGUUAAAAACUGGUCUGCAGACAAACAGAUACGAGCCAGAGUGUUUGUUGCAAUCACAAAGCUCCGAAAAAUAUGCAAUCACCCUGAUAUAUUCCUUUCUGAAACUAUUGACGACAAUGAUAAUUCUGAGGAUCCAGGAAGUUCUAAGGGUGGAAAAUCUUUCGGUUUCUACAAAAAGUCUGGUAAAAUGAUCGUGGUCUCCGCUUUGUUAAAAAUAUGGAAGAAGCAAGGACAUCGGGUGUUACUUUUCACCCAAGGGAGGUCGAUGAUCACUAUAUUCCAAGAUUUUUUAGAACAACAAGGCUACAAGUACCUGAAAAUGGAUGGAACCACUUCCAUCGGAAGUAGACAGCCGUUAAUUGAGAAAUUCAAUAUGGAUAUCACUUAUGAUGUGUUCUUACUAACAACCCGUGUUGGCGGCUUAGGUGUUAACCUGACCGGUGCCAAUAGGGUUAUCAUCUACGAUCCAGACUGGAAUCCAGCUACCGAUACCCAGGCUCGGGAGAGAGCUUGGAGGAUAGGACAAGAUAAACAAGUUACUAUUUACAGAUUGCUAACUGCUGGAACUAUUGAAGAAAAGAUGUAUCAGCGACAAGUAUGGAAACAGCUUCUGAGCAAUAAAAUUCUAUUAGAUCCUAAAACUAACAGAUUUUUUAGAUCGUCGGAUUUGUUUGAUUUAUUUUCGCUACAGGAAUCAGUAGAUGCAAAUCCGGAAACAGUCAAUAUCUUUCAUAAUUCCAGAGUUAGAAUUCAAGAUAGAUUGAAGGAAUCGAAGAAGAAAAAACGAAAGAAAGCACCAACUGAUGCCGAAUCUUGUUUUACGGAAGACAAAAUCCAACAAAUGAAAAAUUUAGCACAACAAAUAGCUAAAAGCCUUAAUAAAAAACCAACGAUUAUGCAAAUGGAAUUGGAAGCCGAGAGAGCGGAAAAAGAAGAAAAGCGCCAAGAGCUGAAAACUUUGGAAACCGGGGAAUUACAUAAGUACAAUAAAGAGAAAGAAAAGCAGGUGGAGAAUACUUCUAUAAAUAAAAUCGAUGAUCGAGAUGCUAUUGUCAGUUUUUCGGACGCAUUACAAUAUUCCGAGAAGACUGCUGAGCUGCAUAACCAACUGAAACAAACCAAAGAACUAGCUAAAAUUGCAGAGAAAGCGAAAACGGCCAAACUAAAUGUAACUAAGGAACCCGACAAAUUGAUAGACAAGUUCAAGAAAAAGGAUAAGACUGUAAAUACGUCUGGAAAAGUUGAUGGUCAACAUGUAGAAGGAUUGGUCAAAGUAGAGAUUAAAAAGAAGAAGAAAAGUAAAGAAGGGGCAGUUGAAAGUGCAGAACCGGAUGAUUUUAUCCUGGGAAAACUGUUUCAUAAAAAAGGUGUUUCUGGAGCCGUUCAGCAUGAUUCCGUAGUACAAGAAGGAUGUCGAGGAGGUAGUCUCAGAAUACACUCAGAAGCCCGAAUUCGAGCCGAAAAGUCUUUGGAAGCGCUCAGGAAAUCCAGAGUAGAUAAUUGGAGGUGGUGAAACAUAUUUUUAAAUUUUUUAUAUUUAUUUAUAAUUUUUCAACAGCUGUGAUUUAUAUUUUAUUAAAUGCAUUUUUACACUAUA